CUAAAGCUAGCUAGCUAGCGCUAGCGUGUUGUGGGGCGAGGUUCGCUGCGCCGUCAGGAUCUGCUAUCGUGUAGCUCGUAGCAGUCAGAGCUGAGCCGAGGUGGACCGUAGAAAUGGAAGCCCGGCCACCCUCUCGAUCUCUGUCAAAAUACGUAGCACGAGCCCCUGGUGCAGACGAUAAUGAACAGGAGCAGAACAGAAUCCGGCAGUCCAUAAACAGAGUUUCUAACACAAACAUAUACACCAUGUUGGCCCGCGUCUUGGAGCUGUGUUGCAUCAUCGGAUUCUUUGCUUAUCUUCUAUUCAUAGUUGUCUUUCUUCUAUAUGAUCGAUAUGGUUGAAUGUUGAUAAUGUCGAUGGUGGUAGCUAUAAUUAUACUUACGUAAAACGGAAUGUCGCGGCUGAGUGGCCAAUGUAGGGCAAGUAAGAUAGGCACCAAUGGACCUAUAGAGCUUAGUCUAAGAAACAAACUUAUGCAAACACUACGUGAAGGAAUUCUAAAAACAGUCCACUUCCCAGCUACACUAUGAAUCUCACUUACAGGACCCUGAUUGUGAGACGCGCCCCCUUUUUGCGCAGGCAAGUGUAACUAGUUUUGGGACUGCAAGUUACAAAGAGGAGAAUGGAAGACGAUCACGGUGACGCAGCAGGUCCGUCCACUUAUGUGCGGGGCUAUCACAGGCUGCCGCAGGAGGACAUUGACAUGCUUUCCACCUCUAACUGGGGCGAUCAAACAACCCCACAGAACCAGCAGUCUCCGCUAGUGCCUCUUCCUCCGUAUUCUCCCGUACCCGGUUACGCACCAGCGCCGCAGACUUUCCGGACACCACAGCAGACUAGCUCUAGUUCUGGCUGUGCCAGUAAUUCCGGAGACUAUGAGACAGCUGCAACGUAUGGAAAGGCUGCCUGUUGCUGCUCGCUAUUCUCCGUGGCCAUCACCCUGAUAGCCGUACUGGUCGCAAUCAUCUUUGUCAUCCUAAUCUUCACCACGGGGCUCGCGUUUCUUGGUAUCGCAAAAGAAGAAUUGGCAUGAAAGACUGACAGAAGACUCUUACGUAUUACAUAUAAUGUGUGUGUAGAACUUGAACAGUGAACCUCAUUAUACAUAGUGUAUCGUGUGUGUGUUUAUUUUAAUCGUUGACCCUAAGCCUAGUCAUGUGGACUGAAGUAACAUCAUAAUUAUGGUGUUGUCAUUGUAAGC